CUGCCAUGAUAGAUUGUAAGCGUCUGGUUUCAGUAAAACAAGUUGUUUUUAUUAUCGUAUUUCGCGAGUUUUUCCCGUUCGAUUUAGUUGUUUAAUAGUAAAAUAGACUGUACCGAUUAUUUAAGAAUAUAGUUUCGUUUACGAUUUGAGCAAAAAAUGUCCACAUGCAUCGUUUUGCAGUUUUAACGUUUACAUUAUUUCUCUCCAGACAUUCGCCGUUUAUGUACGAUAUGCAUCCCUGAGUAUAAUGAACAAGAAAUAAUUUUUUACACAUCAAGGAGGAAGAAGACAUACUGUAAUUUAUAAGUUUUAGUGCAAUAACCUAUUUUAGUGACAGAAUGGUUGUUGAUGUGCCCCAUAGACCAUUUUUUAUCAAAAUGCAACCAACAGGAAUGUCACCUCGAGAACUCUCUGAAUUUGAUGAUUUGGCUACAUCUUUAGUGCUAGAUCCACAUUUAGGAUUCACAACACACAAAAUGAAUAUUAGAUAUAGACCUCCAAAAGCCAACAUCACUGAACUUAAAAAUAUUGUUAAGGAGUUUAUACGAACACAAAAUUAUGAAAAAGCCUACAAAAAACUUGCUAGUGGUGAAUGGAUGCCCAGGUUAAAAUCUAAAAAUCAACAAAAGAGAUUAGAAGCUCAUGUCUAUCGUUAUUUGAGAGUAUUUGAUAAAGAAAGCGGCUUCGUUAUAGAACCCUGCUACAGAUACUCUUUAGAAGGAAAAAAAGGGGCAAAAAUAUCAGCCACAAAAAAAUGGUAUAAAAACGACAAAAUCGAAUGUCUUGUUGGUUGCAUUGCCGAAUUAACGGAAGAAGAAGAAGGGAUGCUUUUGAAUCCGGGAAAAAAUGACUUUUCUGUAAUGUAUAGCUGUCGUAAAAAUUGUGCGCAACUAUGGUUAGGACCAGCCGCCUUUAUCAAUCAUGAUUGUCGCGCAAACUGUAAAUUCGUUGCUACAGGUAGAGAUACCGCAUGCGUGAAAGUUCUAAGAGACAUCGAGAUAGGAGAAGAAAUCACCUGCUUUUAUGGUGAAGACUUUUUUGGUGACAAAAAUUGUUACUGCGAAUGUGAAACUUGUGAAAGACGAAGUACUGGGGCAUAUGCGAAAGAUAAAGAAGAAAAAGAAGAAAACGGUUAUAGAUUGCGCGAAACAGACAACAGGAUUAAUCGUAUUAAAAAACAAUCGGGAAAAAACGGUUUGGAUCACUGUAAUGGCCACAUGCGCUCUUUGGAAAAUUCAGCAAAAAUCAUAACUCCUUUGAGUUUCAAAGAAAUGCGUCAGAAAGGGCUAACGAAAUACGAUGCGGAAUUGUUAAUAGCUCAGGGUUGUCAAUUUUCAGACAUUAACGAAUUUCAACGGAAGGAUAGAAACUCGAUUUCAAGCUUGAACACGUCAAAUUCAAGUACAGACAUUUCCGAAUUAAGUGCAAAUUCCACGCGAUCGAGCUUAACCCAAGACAAUUUGGUUUCACAUAGCUUGCAACAAAAAUGUUCUGUGAUAAAUAAUGUAAGUACUUCAGGCGAACUUAACUCGAGAGUGACGCGAUUGCAGAAACGUAACGCUCGACAAACUAAUCAGGAACUUAGUCCUAGAAACAGUUCGACCCGCUUUAACCUUCUGGAUGACAUGCAAAGUAAUGCUAGUACCAGCACGGUUUAUAGUGACCAAGAACACGUUUCUGAUGGCGUAAAUCAAAACAAAAUGUUUAAUGAAAUACAGGAAGGUUCGAAAGUAGGAAAUAUCGACGACAGCGAUUUAGGUAUUACAUUGCGAAAUCACAAAUGUUUACGGUCACAAAAAAACAUAAAAAGCAAAGCUGAAACAUCCCAUAAAAAUGAUCUGCAAACUCGAAAGUCUUCGAGGAACAGCCAUGUUACUUCGAGUUCUUCAAUCCGUACUACAAGAUCUUCAGCACGUCUAUCAACCCGUAGCAAUAGCAAUGCUGUUUCAGAACACUCGGAAAGUGUAAAAAGUGAUAACGGCAAAGACGUGUACGAGUUCGACGAGGAUGACGUCAAAACAGAUCUUGACAAUAUACGAAAGUUUAGCCGUAGAAAAAGUAUUAGUGAAAAGGACGAGUUGAAGCCAACUACAGCGGACACUUUAAACAAUAAGACUGAAGACAACAACACUACUGCCGUUAAUGAUAAUAGCGAAAAAAGUAACGAGGACAUUCGGAAAGAAGAAAGUGUUCCAAAAAUACAAAACAAUAAUAAAAAAACCGAAGAGAACAUAGUGCAGCAACCUAUAAAUUUAGAAAAAACGCCGGAAAAAAGUGGUCAUUUAAAGUUGACUUUGCGAAUGAAGCGUAGUCCUGUUUUGGACGAAGUUAUCGAGUCGGGAAACAGCCUGAGUGAGGACUGUUUUGAACCCGAAUACGAGGUGCUGCGUGUAGAAGGAAUGGAAAAUCCUUUAACAAAGUAUUCCCAUAGGAAAAAAAGGCACAAGUGUAAAGAACACAAACGAGAAAAACGAAUCAAGGGGAACGAAGGCUCCCUGCAGCCUCCAAUGAAACGCUUAAAGUUGAUUUUUGGAAAUGAAAGUCAUACUAUAGAUAUCCCGUCCAUCCCUAAUGACUAGUAAAUUAUGCAGGAUAUAAAUAUAAUAGAUAAUAUUAAAUUUGAAAUGGAUUGAGGAAUCUGGUAUUUAUAAAUUAACAAUUUUAUUCUGUUUAUGCUUGAAAUACCAAUAAUUUAUCACUUUCUUAAGCAGGCUUACAUUUUCUUAGAACGUGAAGAUAUUAGACUAAUUAGUACUAUUUAUUUAAAACAAAAACUACACUACUUAUAGGUAUUCAGAAAUUAAGAAAUGAAGGGAGCGCAUUCCUGUAAGUAAUUUUUAAAUUAAGUUUCAGCAUAAAUCUA